ACUGAACGUCCCAACGUCAUCAGACUGAGACACGUUGAAGAGGACGUGACGUUUAAACCUGUGACAAAUGUGGUGAACGCAAGUUUACAUCGAAGGUAUGGAUUCACUGAGUGGCCCAUUGGGCAUGUUAGCAAGUGUCGGCUGUGGACUCUUACUUGGCUGGUAUUUCAGAGGGCGGUUUGGGAAACCCAUCAGAGGUGCAGGUGCAAGAACCGACGGUGCUGGAGAUGAGAGCGAGACGUCCUCCAUGGGAACCAGCGAGGAGCUGAAGUUGAUUUUGGUGGUGCGAAAGGACCUCAGCAUGGGUAAGGGGAAAGUUGCUGCUCAGUGUUCUCAUGCGGCAGUGAGUGCCUACAAGCAACUGCAGCGAAGAGACCCUGAUCUUCUGAAACAGUGGGAGUACUAUGGACAGCCCAAAGUUGUGGUGAAGGCCGACGACGAACAGAGUCUUUUGGAACUUUGGCGAAAGGCUAAAGAACUCGGACUACCCGUCAGCUUAAUUCAAGAUGCCGGCAGAACCCAGAUAGCACCAGGUUCUCGGACAGUUCUUGGAGUGGGCCCUGGGCCUGGCGAUGUAAUAGACAAGGUUACAGGACAUCUGAAACUAUAUUGAAUGUAUGCAACACUUAUGGUUGUGGUCUAGAAAUACAAAACCAGUGCUUUCUAGGAUUAUUAAAAUGUUUUCACACGA